ACCAGCAACUUCCGCCAGCAGCUUUGACCACCAAACGAGAGCGGCGCAGCGGAGCCGGAAAGGCGGGACCGGAAGUGAGGCCGCCGCUCCGCAGGGUGAAAGGUUGGCGGAAGUGCUCUUCCUUCUUUUCCGCUGGGUCCCGGCUCCUUGCUGUCGACAUGGGCAAGUUCAUGAAACCCGGGAAAGUGGUGCUGGUCCUGGCCGGACGCUACUCCGGACGCAAAGCCGUCAUCGUGAAGAACAUUGAUGACGGCACCUCAGACCGCCCUUACAGCCAUGCCCUGGUGGCUGGAAUUGACCGCUAUCCCCGAAAAGUGACAGCUGCCAUGGGCAAGAAGAAAAUUGCCAAGAGGUCAAAGAUCAAGUCCUUUGUGAAAGUUUAUAACUACAAUCACCUCAUGCCCACAAGGUACUCUGUGGACAUCCCCUUGGACAAAACAGUUGUCAACAAGGAUGUCUUUAGAGACCCAGCCCUGAAACGCAAGGCCAGGCGGGAGGCCAAGGUCAAGUUUGAGGAAAGAUACAAGACAGGGAAGAAUAAAUGGUUUUUCCAGAAGCUUCGCUUUUAGAUAUAUUUUUGUUCCCAUCAUUAAAAAAAAAAAAAAAAAAGCUUGUGUCUGCCUGCUGCAUGUAUAUUGAAAAAGGAGACCUUGGGAUAAGAGACGCUGGAAAGGGGGCUGUGAAAUGAAGCCAAUGUGCUUUAGUGACACACACCUUUAAUCCCACUACUUGGGAGGCAGAGGACAGCCAGGCCUACACAGAGAAACCCUGUCUCAAAAACAAAACCUCCCAAACAUAAAUGCAGGCAUAUAGCACUAGAGGCAGGUGGGUCUUGGGUUGAGGCCAGCCAAUGUUACAUAGUGACAGCAUUUUAAAAAAAGGUUUGUGAGGGGAACCAGGUGGCUGUGUACUAAUAGAAAAAGCUGGUGGUGUCUCAGUGCAGAUCCAGUGUUGGCUAGUACAGCCCUGGCAGUGUUCAUCCUAGAGAAAGAUCUUUAAGAGAUCCUGACACUGGAUGGAUGGCCCAGCAGUUAGGAACAAGGUUCUCUUAGGACCAGAGUCUGUUUCCCAGCACCUACAUCAUACACAGUUCUUAAGAAUUAAGGGAGGGCAGCAGUGGUACACGCCUUCAAUCUCAGCACUAAGGAGGCAGAGGCAGGUGGAUCUCUGAGUUCAAGGCUAGCCUGGUCUACAUAGUAAGUUCCAGAACAGGUACCAGAACGACACUGAGAAACCCUGUCUCGGAAAAAACAAAGGUUAAGGGAGGGUGAGGCAGAGGCAAGUGCAUGAGUUGGAGGACAGCCAGCACUGCACAAUGAAACCCAGCCUGAAAAAGGGGGCAGGAUGGCAGGGUGGGUAAGGGCUGCGGCUGCAGCUGCUGGCAAGUCUAAUGAAUAAUUCCCUGGAACCCACAGGAUACUAACCCAUAAAAGUCGUUACCCCCAUGCCUUCACAAUAGUACGUGGACACUCCUGCCCACACAAUAAAUGUAAUUUUAAAA